AUGUUUUCCCUGUGCCAGAUUAUUCUUGCUCUGACAUCCGUGCUUGUGGUAAGAGCUGCCGUAUCAGAAUGCUUUUAUCUCAAAGGUAUAUCUGCAGGUCGAGAUCUCGGCUAUGCCUCGAUUGCCCAACCAAGCGGCAACAAGAACUAUAUGUCCACCUUUACCACCAACGGGCUCUUGGCCUCAAAGUUUGGCAUCAACCCCAAGACGAGCGAGCUCAGGGUCUUCACGACGGGCAACAAUGUCAAUGGGCGCACCGCAGCCAUUGCGCCCAAGUCCACGUCGGCCUUUUUGGUUUUUGAUACCAAGACCAGCAUGCUCCUCCAGAACCGCAAGGCCCUGGUGUGUAGCCUCAAACCCGUCAACAUCCUCGCCUGCACGGCCAGUGACAAUGCUGCCGUCAGUGUGUCUCAGUACUGCCCCACGUUUUGGUCCAUUGCCGACCGCCAGCGCACUGAUCUCGGGUGCACUUCUCUGGUGCUGCAGGCGAUUGCAGCUCCCUUUGAAGGUUGUGGCAACUUUUCGACCGGAGUUGGCUCUCUAGUCGGUUCGGAUUGA